AGGAGCGAGCUGAUUGGUCAAUAUGCCGGUGCAGUGCAGUAGCUGUGAGCAGAAGCGUGCGGUGUUGAGGCGACCCAAGACGGGCCACUCGCUCUGCAAGGAGUGCUUCUUCUGGGCCUUCGAGGAGGAGGUGCACCAGACCAUCGUGACGGCCGGCCUGUUCCACCGCGGGGAGACUGUCGCCAUCGGAGCGUCGGGCGGUAAAGACUCCACCGUACUGGCGCACCUCAUGAAGGUGCUGAACGAACGCUAUGACUACGGCCUGAGCCUCCUGCUGCUCUCCGUGGACGAGGGCAUCACUGGUUACCGUGACGACUCCCUGGAGACAGUGAAGCGCAACCAGCAGCAGUACGAGCUGCCGCUGAAGAUCGUGUCGUACGAGGAGCUCUAUGGCUGGACCAUGGACGCCAUUGUCAAACAGGUGGGACUGAAGAACAACUGCACCUUCUGUGGUGUGUUCAGGAGGCAGGCACUGGACCGAGGAGCCAUGAUGCUCAAAGUGGACAAGAUAUGUACUGGUCAUAACGCGGACGACGUGGCGGAGACGGUCCUGAUGAACGUCCUGCGUGGCGACAUCGCACGCCUGCGUCGCUGCACCGCCAUCAGCACGGCCAGCGAGGGAGCGGACGUGGACCCCGACUCAGUCAUCCCACGCUGCAAACCCCUCAAGUACGCCUACGAGAAGGAGAUCGUGCUCUACGCCUACUUCAAGCGGCUGGACUACUUCUCCACGGAAUGCAUCUACGCCCCCAACGCCUACCGCGGCCACGCGCGAGCCUUCCUGAAGGACCUGGAGGCCGUGAGACCCAGCGCCAUCGUGGACGUCAUCCACUCCGGAGAGCACCUGUCCGUGCGGCACGGCGUGAAGAUGCCCACGCAGGGGUCGUGCCAACGCUGCGGGUACAUCUCCAGUCAGGCGCUAUGCAAGGCGUGUGUGCUCCUGGAGGGUUUGAAUCGCGGUCUUCCUCGUCUGGGUAUCGGUAAACACCACCGCCUCCACGCCAACAUCCUGUCCCAGAAGCCCCUGGACCUCGAGCCCCACCAGGAGCGCAAGCUGAGGGCCGCCGACUUCUAAAGGCCUCUGUAUACCGGAUCCAACAGCACUGCAUGCCGACUUCUAACGAUGGAGGACAAUGACAUUUGUAAACCAACAGCAGCUCCUAGACACUAGACCAAGGACUCGUCUAGUAGAGUGAAAAGCUGAGGGCUGAUUACUUCUAACGAUGGAGGAGGGUGACAUCUGUAAACCGCAGCAGUCACUACUGUAGACACUAGACUCGAACCCCACCCAUCAGGAGCGCAGGCUGAGGGCCGCCGACUUCUAAAGGGCCGUAGACACACGUCGCUGCUAGUUACUCGCUCAGCAAAUUAACUCAAUAGAAUGUCAAUGUGUUCCAGUGAGACUAGCAGGCGAGUACUGUACAAGCAAUGCGAUGUGGGUGGAUCCCGAGUUAAAAAUAUUUUAUCUUCGAGCGAGGCGAGUAAGCGAGUAACCAAUUGGAAGGCAGAGUUCGGUACUUCUCGCCUGUUCAUUAGCAGUUAAAGCCGCGGGAACUUUCAGCAAACGUUCCAUGAAAGAGAGGCGAGUAGGCGAGCAUGGGAGAAGCUAGCAAAUAGCAGCGAUGUGUGUGUACGGCCCUUAAAGGUCUCCGCAUACCGGUUCCAACAGCACUUUGUGCUGUGCACUAUCGGUUCUGACAAUUUUGGUAACCCCCACACACUGCUGCAGACUUAAUGACUGUCCAUGCUCAUCACAGCAGAACAUGGAGAACCGACACUGGUAGAAAAAAAACCCUUCUCAACCAGAUUUUUGCAGGUUGAACCGUGGAGCACGGAACAAUUGAACUGGUCGCACAAAAUGGACAGGCACAGAACACUUACAGAACGGACUGGCCAUAUAUUGCCUGUGGUGUUUUAUAACGGAAUGGUCGUCAAGACUAUAGAACAUGAUGCAUUACUGCUGCUAUGGAAUCAGUGUACAAAUCAGGUCAUUGCUUUGCCUUAUUGAAAUGACUGCUGUUGUUUUUUAUAUUGCGUCGGCUGAAUGUUAUGAAUGACAUUUAGUGUUUUGAGUGCACAACGUGCAUCUUAAAUUACAUUCAAACAUUAUGUCCGGCACAUGAACGGUCCACAGUCUUUAAUAUUCAGGUUGUGUUUCAUUUUAUUUUAUUGAUUUUUAAGUUAUCAUGCUUUAAAUACAUGUUUGUGUUAUCCUGUCUGUGAAUAUGGAGCGUCUUGAAGAUUCC